GUGCUAUGGCGCUGCCCGUACGUGAGAUGGCGCCUGACCGGCUUCUGACAGCGGCUGGCAGCAUGGCGGACAAGAGACGUGCUGUGGCAGGCUCCCCGGUACCGCGGGCUCAGCCGCGACCCACCAGCGAGGCCGACUUUCUGGCUCAGGCCGGAGUACGUGACGUGCUGCGAAUGGCCGUGCUGAAGCUGCUGGAGGCCAGGCCGGAGGACCCGGUGCUCUUCUUGGCGGAUUACUUCAAGAAAAUGGGCGCCGGUGGGUCAAAGAUCGGUGACCGGGGGUCGCACAUAGCGGGGCAGCAACGUCUAGCUCAUGCCCUGUGGUACCUGAAGCUGGCGCAUCACUCCCAGAGAGCUGCCUUCAACAAUAACCUUACCAAUGCGUACGACUGCCUCAGUGCUGGAGGAAGAAAGAGAAAGCCUGGCCUGAAUGGAAAGGCAUACAGUGAGGUCCUGGCCAGGAUUUGUCAAGAAGGUGACCUCCCUACAGAUAUUACCUCUGCCCUUCUGAAGAAGAUCCAGUGCCGAGAUCAUGAAGCUGUUCCUUUUGAUGUUUUCCGUUAUGGGGUUCUCACCUGCUUUGUGUUGGUGGAGUUCAUGUCUAAAGCAGACACUCUGUUCAAUAUUCUAGAUGGGGAUAACCAGUCUGACCAAAGUGUGUGCCAAGCUGUGCUGGACACUUUAGAAGAAGCACUUACUGCCAGUGACUUAGCUGUUCCAGCCAGCUACCUGGAGGCUGGCUCAAAACUAGGACCUGACUGUUUGGCCAUUGCUAUGGACCGAGCAUUCCAGAACAGAAAGCCUGGUAUUCCUAUGGGACGUGGUGACUUUAUGAAAGAGGCAUGCUUGCUCUUUCUUGAUAAAGUCAAACCAGUCUAAUGAAUGGCCUGUGUGCCCUUACCAACUAAUGUUUUACAUAAGUUAAUUUUCUGGUACUGAUCCAAGUUGUGCAGUAGUGGAGAUCUCCUAGUUAUGUUCAUACAUCAAGAGUAUCUCUUAGGCCUCUUUCACACGGGCGCAAUGCGUGAGGUGAACGCAUUGCACCCGCACUGAAUCCGGACCUAUUCACUUCUAUGGGGCUGUGCACAUGAGCGGUGAUUUUCACGCAGGAAAAGUGUAAAUUCUGUUUUUAUGAAUCCAUAGUUAUGGAUACCAUCAAUCAAAAUACAAAGUGUGAAGCCUAAGUACAGAAAAAAGCAUAAUGCAAGUAAAAGUUCUUAAAAAAAACAACUUUUGGGGGAUAUUAUGUUUUUGACUUUCUUUACUUGAAUAAAGAUAUAGUGUGACGGCCAAUCAGAAAUGACAGCAGUGUGCCUCACAAAACGGCACUAAUCCCACAAAAACACUGGCAACACUAAACUUUAUAUAUAUGAAAUUGGCUUGCACCAGAGUGUGAUAAACUAGACAGAAGCCAUUAUAACAGGCAUGUCCAAACUGCGGCCCUCCAGC